GCACACUGAAAGUCUUGUGUUCCCCCUGCAGGUUAUCGCCAUGAUCAAAGGCUUGCAGGUGCUGAUGGGCAGGAUGGAGAGCGUGUUCAACCAUGCCAUCCGGCACACUGUCUACGCCGCGCUGCAGGACUUCUCCCAGGUCACCCUCAGGGAGCCCCUCAGGCAGGCCAUCAAGAAGAAGAAGAAUGUCAUCCAGAGUGUCCUGCAGGCUAUCAGGAAGACUGUGUGUGACUGGGAGACAGGGCACGAGCCCUUCAACGACCCAGCCCUGCGGGGCGAGAAGGACCCCAAGAGCGGCUUCGACAUCAAAGUGCCCCGGCGAGCUGUGGGACCCUCCAGCACACAGCUUUAUAUGGUGAGAACCAUGCUAGAGUCCCUCAUUGCAGACAAAAGUGGUUCCAAGAAAACCCUGAGAAGUAGCCUUGAGGGGCCCACCAUAUUGGACAUAGAAAAAUUUCAUCGAGAGUCAUUCUUCUACACUCACUUGAUAAAUUUCAGUGAAACACUCCAGCAGUGCUGUGACCUUUCACAGUUGUGGUUCCGAGAGUUCUUCCUGGAGCUGACGAUGGGCAGGAGGAUCCAGUUCCCCAUUGAGAUGUCCAUGCCUUGGAUCCUGACGGACCACAUCCUGGAGACCAAGGAGGCAUCAAUGAUGGAGUACGUCCUCUACUCCCUGGACCUGUACAAUGACAGUGCCCACUACGCCCUCACCAGGUUCAACAAGCAGUUUCUCUACGACGAAAUCGAGGCAGAGGUGAAUCUGUGCUUUGACCAAUUUGUUUACAAGCUGGCAGACCAGAUAUUUGCAUAUUAUAAGAUCAUGGCUGGAAGCUUGCUUCUUGAUAAACGGUUACGAUCCGAAUGCAAGAAUCAGGGGGCAACAAUCCAUCUCCCGCCAUCUAACCGCUAUGAGACGCUCCUCAAGCAGAGGCACGUGCAGCUCCUGGGCAGGUCCAUAGACCUCAAUCGUCUGAUUACUCAGCGUGUCUCCGCAGCCAUGUAUAAGUCUCUGGAACUGGCAAUUGGACGCUUUGAGAGUGAGGACCUGACGUCAAUCGUGGAGCUGGACGGCCUCUUGGAAAUCAACCGCAUGACCCACAAGCUGCUGAGCAGGUACCUGACACUGGACAGCUUUGACGCCAUGUUCCGGGAGGCCAACCACAACGUGUCGGCACCUUACGGGAGAAUCACCCUCCAUGUCUUCUGGGAACUCAACUAUGACUUCCUGCCCAACUACUGCUACAAUGGCUCUACCAACCGAUUUGUUCGGACAGUAUUACCAUUUUCUCAAGAAUUUCAAAGAGAUAAACAGCCUAAUGCACAACCCCAGUAUUUGCAUGGAUCAAAGGCUUUGAACUUGGCCUACUCUAGCAUUUACGGCAGCUACCGGAACUUUGUGGGACCUCCACACUUCCAGGUCAUCUGCCGGCUGCUUGGAUACCAGGGCAUUGCAGUGGUCAUGGAGGAGCUGCUGAAGGUUGUCAAGAGCCUGCUGCAAGGCACGAUCCUGCAGUAUGUGAAGACGCUGAUGGAGGUGAUGCCCAAGAUCUGCCGCUUGCCCCGGCAUGAGUACGGCUCUCCCGGCAUCCUGGAGUUCUUCCACCACCAGUUGAAGGACAUCGUUGAGUAUGCAGAGCUGAAGACGGUGUGCUUCCAGAACCUGCGGGAGGUGGGCAACGCUGUCCUCUUCUGCCUGCUCAUCGAGCAGAGCCUGUCUUUAGAAGAAGUAUGUGACCUGUUGCAUGCAGCACCCUUUCAGAACAUUCUCCCAAGAGUCCACGUGAAAGAGGGGGAGAGACUUGAUGCCAAAAUGAAAAGACUAGAAUCAAAAUAUGCCCCGCUGCAUCUCGUCCCUCUGAUUGAGAGACUGGGGACCCCUCAGCAAAUUGCAAUUGCAAGAGAGGGGGACUUGCUGACAAAGGAGCGUCUCUGCUGUGGCCUGUCUAUGUUUGAAGUCAUCCUGACUCGGAUCCGGACCUUUCUGGAUGACCCCAUCUGGCGUGGACCUCUGCCCAGCAAUGGAGUCAUGCAUGUGGAUGAGUGUGUUGAGUUUCACAGACUGUGGAGCGCCAUGCAGUUUGUCUACUGCAUUCCCGUCGGAACACACGAGUUUACGGUUGAGCAGUGUUUUGGUGAUGGGCUCCACUGGGCUGGCUGUAUGAUCAUUGUACUUCUUGGGCAACAGCGGCGCUUCGCUGUACUGGAUUUCUGCUACCAUCUACUUAAAGUCCAGAAACAUGAUGGCAAAGAUGAGAUUAUCAAAAACGUGCCUUUAAAGAAGAUGGUAGAAAGAAUUCGCAAGUUCCAGAUUCUAAAUGAUGAGAUAAUCACUAUCUUGGACAAGUACUUGAAGUCAGGUGAUGGAGAGAGCACACCUGUGGAGCACGUUCGUUGCUUUCAGCCACCUAUCCACCAGUCCCUGGCCAGCAGCUGAGGGCAUGUAUCUCACCUGUUUUUGAAGAGUCUCAGUGCUGACUGCAUUUAAUAACUAUAAGGGCAUGUUUCUCUUUCUAUACCCUAUUUAGUAAGAUUUUUAGGGACUAUUUUUCAGUAUCUCUGUACCUGUUAAAGGGGGUGCUUUUCAAUCCAAAAGCUUAAUUUUAUAAAAUUGACUUAUUUUUCUAGA